AUGGGUCUCGAGGACCAUUAUAACAACGAAAGAAACCAUCUGGACAAACUUUUGUUUAUUGCCCGGUCAUCAGUUCAUUACAGGUUCGGCAGUUGGCGUUAUGAAGUCGCGAAUCAAGAUCAUAGCUUUACCAUGGGCGCUGAUGUUGUGGACAAAAUUCUAUACGGAAAACAAGAGAGCAUUUGA